UUAAAAUUCAACCUUUAUUUGAGUAUAAGUGCAGAAAAAAUGUUUCUGGGUCGCAAUCUGGUAAGAUUACGCUUUCUUCAGAGCAUAAGAGGAUGUGCAACCGGCAAGCAGCUGAAACCGGACUACCGGUCCCAGGACGAAAUCUUCGAACAGUUGCAGAACCACAUCCGGUACAGUUCCAUCGUUGAGGACAGUGCUCUCAAACUGGGUUACCGUAAAAAUAAAAUCGUUGAGAAUCGUCUCAGGAAAGAAGAACGCAAAAGGAUCGCGGAAAGUAUCAAAUCGCAACCGUUUUCCGUUGCCCUGGCCCAUCUGUACGGUGAAAACUUGGUUGAAGCAAAAGAUUUUGAAGAUACGGAGAUGGAACCGGAUCCAAGCCUUGAUUAUGUUCCCUACGAAAAACUUGUUAGGCAGGUCCCCAAAGCGAGGUUGGAGGAUUCUAGCGCAGUUGUAGAAGCUCCGACCACCGGCGAGUGGAUGUCGGAUUACGAGUUUUACGAGGAGGACGAGGAAGACGAUCGAAGUUCGUUCUACGGGACUCCGGAUCCAAAGGAACCCGUUUCGACGAUACCCUGUGGAGGUUGUGGUGCCCUGUUGCAGUGUAAGGAACCUUCCAUUCCUGGUUAUUUGCCGAGCGAGUUGUUCAAGGGCAAACAGAAACAGCAACUGAUCAAAAGCAUCUGCCAGAGGUGUCACUUUUUGAAGAAUUACAAUACGGCUAUCAAUGUGACGGUAUCGCCGGAGGAUUACGUGGAGAUGAUUUCAUCGAUACGGGAUAAGAAAGCACUGGUGAUUUUGAUGAUUGAUCUACUAGACUUUCCAUGUUCGAUUUGGCCCGGGCUGGCAGAAAUUUUAGGGCCCAAACGUUCGGUCAUAGUUGUGGGAAAUAAAGUGGAUUUGCUGCCCAAAGACUGUCCCGGUUAUUUGGACAACAUUCGAAUUCACCUAACCAAAACAUUGGAGAAGGCUGGCUUUGAGCGAAAUAAUAUCAAGCAUGUCUCGCUGAUAUCUGCCACAACGGGAUUCGGAGUAGAAGAAUUGAUUACUAAACUGCACAACGUUUGGGGCACUCGAGGUGACGUUUAUCUCGUUGGAUGUACCAAUGUGGGAAAAAGUUCACUUUUCAAUGCCCUGUUGGGGUCGGAUUUGUGUAAAGUACAAGCGUUGGAUUUGGUUCAACGAGCAACGGCUUGCCCUUGGCCUGGAACGACUUUGAGAAUGCUCAAAUUUCCGAUCCUAAGACCAUCCGAUUAUCGUAUGUUCCUAAGGACAAAACGUCUCCAAUCAGAACGAUUGAAAAUACACGCCGAAAACAAGCUACGUCGACAACAGGCUCGUGAGACUGGAUCCCCAAAAUUCGCCACCUUAAUAGGCCACAUUGGAAAAACCUUCAUACCCGAACGAACGGAAUUAACCGAUGGCUUUUCCGUUUCGCAGCGAGGAUCCGCUCAAAGUCCCAUUCUAACUUUGAACGAAAACAGUGAAGUCUACAAGAACAGUAAAUGGUGCUACGAUACGCCAGGCGUAAUCCAACCGGAUCAAAUUACCAAUCUACUUACGACAGAUGAACUCUUACUUACAAUCCCCAGGCAAAUGAUUCGACCCAGAACUUACCUAUUGAAAACAGGGCUCACCCUGUUCCUAGCAGGUCUAGGACGCUUGGACUACCUCGAAGGGCCACAAUCCACCAGAGUUCAACUGUAUGCAUCUCCAAACCUUCCAACACUGAUCUGUGAUACAACGCACGCAGAACAAAUCUACCAAAACCUGCUUGGAACGGAAUAUCUGCGGGUGCCCUGCUCAGAUCCGGAACGACUAGCUAAGUGGCCGCAGCUUGAACCAGCUAGCGACAUUCUGCUAAACAGUUGCAAUGAGAAACACAUUUCCGUGGCCGAUGUGGUGCUUUCCUCAGCCGGAUGGAUAGGUAUCACGCUUCCCCCGGGUGCAGAAGGACUGUUUAGAGCCUGGACCCCGGAACGGCGAGGUAUCUAUGUGCGGCAACCGUCGCUGCUACCCUACGGAUUGUCUUUGCGAGGGAAACGUAUCCGCGGUUCGUUGGCCUACCGUGUCGGAAAUGUUUUGACGAAGCAAUAGGUAAGUUCUCUUUGAUAGUUUUAAAGAUACUAGAUUUUACAUUAUUCAAAUAAAGUUAUGUGCUA